AUGAAAAUCAAAUUUUUAUUUUUAUUAUUUUUAAUAAUAAUAAAUAAUAUAUAUAUUACUUUUGGAUUCAACAACAAUUAUGACCAAUUAAAUAGUUUCGAUCAAAGUAGUAGUGAGAGUAGUUCAGGCACCAACUCAGAAGGUUGUUAUGGUGUACCAAAUCCACAUACAGUUUACACACAAAAAGAAAGACUUGUAGCAUCAGUUAGUAACGGUGUAUUAUAUCAAACAGGUCCAAACACAAAUCAAUUAUAUAUUUUACAUUUAUAUGGAACACCAUUUGAAAUGGGUGAAGCCCAUGGUCAAUUAUUGAAGGCUCAAAUUCAAGAUUUACUGCCAUCAUUUAUGGAGUUUGCUCAAGUAGCCGUAAAGCAAUUUAUCAAAAGCAAAUUUGCAGAAAGAUUACCAGCUUUCUUAAUUUAUAUUAUUGAAACCUUUGGUGUUAAUGCUGCUUUGGAUUAUGUUUCUUCAGCUACCAAACCAUAUACUCCACAAUCAUUCUUUGAUGAAUUAAAAGGUAUAUCAUAUGGCGCUGAGGUUGAUUAUACAACUUUAUUAAGAAUUCAUUCAUUUGCAGAGUUAUUAAAAGCAACUUGCAGUAUAGUUGGUGCAUGGGGCGACGCAACUUUAGAUGGUCGUUUACUUCAAGUUAGAGCAUUAGAUUGGGGUAUUGAAAACCCAUUAGUUAAUCAUCCAGUACUUAUUGUUUAUCAUCCAGAAACAGGUAACGGUGGACCAUUUAGUAUUUUAACUUGGGUGUCAUAUGUUGGAGCACUUACAGGUUACAGUCAACGUACUGGUGUUUGUGAAAAAGUUUGGUUAACAUAUAAUGGCACUUACACACACGACGGCAUUCCAUUCACUUUAAUGUUAAAAGAAAUUUUACAAUAUGAUAAUAACAAUAUCGAAGCAUUAAAUCGUAUUUACAAUACACCAAAAACCUGCGCAAUCUAUGUUGGAGUUGGUUCAAACGAAAGUGCAACAGUAGAUAUCAUAGAGUACUCUUCAAGCACAGUUAGGGUUUUCGAUGACGAAACCCCAUUCCCCGGUUUUGAUCCAUCACCACCAGAUCACCCAAUUAUUAAAAAUAUAGUUUAUGUAGAUCGUCACUCCCAACCUUCAAAUGAUCCAUGUUUAGCAAAUGAAUUAAUUUCAACUUAUGGUUCAAUUUCUGCAGCAACUCUAAUUGAUACAGUUGGUAAAGAGGAAACUGGUGAUCUCCACGCUGCAGUCUAUGAUUUUAGCGAAAAUGUAAUUUAUGUUUCAAUUGCUUCCACAAACAUUCCUUUCCCAUUCCCAAACAAAACCAUGCCUUCACCAGCUUACAAAAAUCAAUUUAUGAAGUUGGAUAUGAAUACUUUAUUUAAUCUUCCAAAUCCAACCAAUAACAAAUAA